GCACAAACAAUAUCAUUUAAGUGCUUUAAUUGUUACUUCACUGCCAUGGCCAUGGAAGCUAAUUCCCUCUUCUCACCUUUCUCCUUCAUCACUCUCUUCCUCGGCUUCUUCAUAAUUUUACUGAUAAAGAUCAGAUCAAGGAGGAGCAGACUAGCAUUAGCUCCUCUCCCACCCGGCCCGCCCAGGCUUCCCCUCAUCGGAAACAUUCACCAGCUCGUCGGCGGCAACCCUCACCGUAUCCUUCUCCAACUCGCCAAAACACACGGCCCCUUCUUCCAUCUCCGAGUCGGACAGGUCGACCAAGUCGUUGCCUCGUCCGUGGAGGCGGUGGAAGAAAUCAUCAAGCGCCAUGAUCUCAACUUUGCUGACCGACCCUCCAACUUGACCUUCUCCAAAAUAUUGAGCUAUGGCACGCGCAACGUCGUCAUGUCCCCCUACGGUGGCUACUGGAAGCAGAUGAGGAAGAUCUACGCCAUGGAGCUGCUCAACUCCCGGCGCGUCAAGUCCUUCGCCGCCAUCCGGGAGGUUGUGAACCGAAAGCUCACGGCGGAGAUCGCCGACAAGGCGUCUGCUCAAACACCUUUCAAUCUAAGCCAGAUGGUGAUAUCCAUGACUAAUGAGCUAGUGAUCAGAGCUGCGUUUGGUGACGAUUGCAAACAAAAGGCGGAAUUCUUGGACCUGGUCAGAGAGACAAUAAGCUACGUGACUAGCUUCGCGGUGGCUGAUAUGUACCCCUCGCUCAAAUUCUUGGAUACUCUCACGGGAUUGAAGUUCCAGUUAGAGCGAACCCGUGAUAAGCUCGACAAAGUCUUCGAGGAAAUCAUCUCACAGCGUCAAGUCGCACUGGCCGCUGAGCAAGCAGAGGAGGAUCUACUUAUCGAUGUACUUCUCAAGCUAAAAGAUGACGCAAGUCUCGAAUUUCCAGUCACAUACGACUCCGUCAAAGCCGUCAUCAUGGAAAUAUUCCUGGCAGGAACAGAAACAGCAUCAACGGUUAUUGAAUGGGCUAUGUCAGAAUUGAUCAAGAAUCCUAAGGCAAUGGAGAAAGUCCAAAAGGAGAUGAGGGAGGCUAUGAAAGGGAAGACCAAUCUCGAAGAGAGCGACAUCCUCAAAUUCAGUUAUCUAAAUUUGGUGAUCAAGGAGACCAUGCGACUCCACGCUCCAAUCCCUCUGUUGAUGCCGAGAGUAUGCAAAGAGACGUGUGAGGUCAUGGGAUAUCGAGUGCCUUCCGGAGCUUUAGUGCUCAUCAAUGCAUUUGCACUGGGCAGAGAUGAGCAGUACUGGGGCUCUGAUGCAGAGAGCUUCAAGCCUGAGAGAUUUGAGGGCGGCUCGGUGGACUUCAAGGGCUUCAACUUCGAGUUCUUGCCAUUUGGUGUAGGGCGAAGGUUGUGCCCCGGCAUCACAUUUGGGUUGUCGGCUGUGGAAGUCGGUCUGGCUCACCUCCUCUUCCACUUUAACUGGAAGCUUCCUCGAGGCAUGAAGAUCGAAGAUUUGGACAUGAUGGAAAUUUCAGGGGUGACCGCACCAAGGAGAUCACCUCUCCUUGUGCUUGCCAAUCCAAUAAUGCCUCUGCCAUAGUUAUAAUUAUUACUUCAUCUGCAAACUUGAUUUGCAGACGUUUUAUAUAUAUAUAUCUUAAGAAAAAGAUGCAUAUCCUAUAUAUGUUAAAGAGAUCAUUUUUAUACAAAAUAAAUUAGUAAAUUAUAUAUUAGUCAUUGCUCUUUUAACUAGUUAAAGAAAUUAAUGUUGACAAUCUAUGAA